AUGAUUAAAACGAACGACCAGCGCGACAAGCAAAACGUCCAGCAUUUGCACCUGUCCGAGGACGAUAUGGAUAUCAUCCUGCAAGGAUACAAUCAGUCUUUAAUUGGUGCGGCAGUCUACUGGCUGCUGGUAGUUUGCAGCGCAGGGCUUCUCUAUAUCAUCGGCACUUGGUUCCGCACCAUAUACAUCCGACUUUCAUUAAAACGCGCCCCGCUGAACAGCGCUCAAUACGUGCAAGUACUGAGCAGCGGCAAGCACAUUUCCUUGGAGAGCGUCGAUAUUGUUAAGAUCGAUAGCCCGCUGAAAAAUUUGGCCCUUGGGGUUUCAGAAACAAACCAGCCAAAAGCCACGGCCCAAAAAGCUUUGAUCGUGCACUCGGCGCUCCAUAUGCUGACAUUUAGGCACUAUCGGCUUAUUUUCAAUCGGCAGCUUGAGCAGUUCGUGCCCGUGAGUAUGUGGAAGGACCCUGAGUGGAACUAUGGAAAUGUGACCGGCCACUCCGGCUUGUGCGCGCAGGAAUACAAGCAACGGCUCGGUCUUUUUGGCGAGUGCAUCAUUGACAUUGAUGAGAAAUCGUACGCGCGGUUGUUCUGGGAAGAGGUGCUCAAUCCAUUUUACAUAUUUCAGCUAGCCAGUAUUGCAAUUUGGUGCAGCGAAAGAUACUACUACUACUCGGGCGUCAUCUUAAUUAUAUCGGCAAUAUCCAUAUCCAGUACACUGGUGUCGACAAAGCAUACCGUGCAUAAGAUCCGCGAGAUGGCAAGAUACACGUGUCCCGUACGCGUAAUCCGCGACGGCCGGUGGAUGGAAAUCCAAUCCAGCGAGUUGGUUCCCGGCGAUGUGCUCGACCUGGCCAAUGUGCAGUUCUCAAUCCUUCCCUGCGAAGCCAUACUCUUAGAGGGCGACGCCAUUGUCAACGAGAGCAUGCUGACAGGCGAGAGCAUCGCCGAGUCAAAGUCCCCCAUUUCGCUAACCAGUCGCGUGUUGCCGAAUAUCAACAUGUCUGCCCACACGUUUGCGCCCGAUGUCGCCCGCCAUAUUCUGUUUGCCGGCACCCAACUGAUUCGAGUGCGUGGUGCUCACAGCAGCUACCAGGAAUCUGGCAAUAGCGCAAUGUCUAAUAUGCGUGCAACGGCCAUGGUGCUCAGGACUGGGUUUUGCACGACCAAAGGGACGCUUGUGCGCUCGAUCCUGUUUCCGCGCCCAAAAACUUUCCGUUUUUACCGCGACGCGUUCCGCUUUAUUGGCAUACUCGCCAUGGUUGCUGUCAUCGGGUUCAUCAUUAACUCGGUCAACUUGCAUCGCCUGGGCGUGUCUACAGGCGUGAUUGUCAAGAAGGCAUUGGAUUUAAUCACCGUUACUAUCCCUCCUGCGUUGCCAGCGGCUAUUGGAAUCGGAAUGGCAUUUGCAGCGGGAAGGCUACGAAAGGCGAGUAUAUUCUGCACUAGUCCAUCGAGGAUAAAUGUUGCGAGCAAGGUUAGCAUAGCUGUUUUCGACAAGACAGGCACAUUAUCAGAGCUGGACCUAGAUAUGCUUGGCGUAUGUGCGGUUGAUCCAAGCACGGGCAAUUUUACUGAAAUUUGCACCAGCAUUGAGCAGGCCGCCGAUGCCAAAAUCCACAUGACGGGGGACCAAGCUGAGAGUACAAAUAUAUCAGUGGUGUGUGCACUUGCAACUUGCCAUUCACUGAGGCUUGUCAAUGGGUUUCCAGUCGGCGAUCCGCUGGAAGCGAAAAUGCUCGAGUUUUCAGGAUGGCACAUCGAAGAGGCAGACGAAGUGCUGACGCCGUCUUUUGAAAAGCUUGGCAAAGUCUCGGAUGCAAAGGCAUGGCAGCCGCCGACAGUGGCGUAUCCUCCGCUGGCAGCCGAAACCCAAGCGGGUGCCGUUAAAAAUAGCUCUGCUAAUCCGGUCGGCGUUUUUAAAGUUUUUGAGUUUUCAUCUGCUUUGCGCCGCGCCAGUGUCAUCUCGCAGCCAUUUCUUGCUCCCCAUAUCUUCCAUGUGUACGCUAAAGGAGCGCCCGAAGUCAUCCGCAGCAUCUGCAACCCAGCGACUGUUCCGACAAAUCACGACCAAUUGCUGGACCAGUACACUCGAAGCGGCCACCGUGUUAUUGCUCUAGCCGGAAAGACCUUGUGUGGGUAUUCGCACGCCCAGGUGAGAGCCAUGGAACGAUUUAGCGCCGAGAGCGAUUUAGUAUUCAUGGGCCUGAUGGUUUUUGAAAACAGACUCAAGCCUGCAUCCGCCAGAGUACUGCAGGAGCUGCGUGAGUCCAAGAUUAGAAUGGUUAUGUGCACUGGCGACAACGCGCUCACUGCUGUGAGCGUUGUCCGGGAGUGCUCUCUAAUAUCCCCUGGCACCCGCGUGUUUGUUUCGCAGCUCGCCGUUGCUACGAGUAGCUUGGAGUUCAAGGGCAGUGUUUCAGACAUUGAUUUGAAGGCCCCGUUGACUAGAGUCAGCUGGAAGGAGGCUACGGGUGAAAGCGUUGUUCUUGAUUCGGUGACACUGGUGCCCCGAGCAGCCGAUUCCACCGAUGCAAAAGCUGUUCAGAUGGCGGCAGAGCUCGCAAUAUCUGGGCGCUACUGCGUUGCCGUGACGGGCGACGCCUUCACCUAUCUGCACUCGCACGCUGCCAAUCGCUCGAAUACCUGGAAGCACAUGCUGAUGCGGGGCGCUGUCUAUGCGCGCAUGUCCCCCGAGCUAAAGGCCGAGCUGGUUGUCCACUUGCAAAAGUUCGGCUACACGGCAGGGUUCUGCGGCGAUGGGGCCAACGACUGUGCGGCGCUCAAAUCAGCCGACAUUGGCGUAUCCCUGAGCGAGGCUGAGGCCAGCGUCGCGGCUCCAUUUACAUCCAGCAUUCAGGACAUCAGUUGCUUCAUCCAGAUUCUAAAGGAGGGCCGCUGCUCGAUCACGACGAGCUUUGGUUGCUUCAAGUACAUGGCACUCUACAGCAUCAUCCAGUUCACCAGCUGCUGUCUGCUAUACAGUUACAAUGUCAAUCUGACAGAUAGUCAGUUUUUGUUUAUUGAUUUGUUCAUUGUCCUGCCAAUCGCUGUAUGCAUGGACCGUGCAAGACCGUUUAGUCGGCUUGUGCCUAAGAGACCGUCGGCGAAUUUGACGAGCAAGAAGGUUCUCACCUCGCUCAUAGGAAAUGUUGCCCUGGUGGUUGUGUUCCAGGUCGCAAUGUUUUUAAUGACAGAGGCACAGCCCUGGUACGUGAAGCCGCGUCCAAGUGAUCCGACAAACCCGGACUCUACUCCAUACACUGGUGAUCUCAACACGUCCAUGUACUUGUUUACGACGUUCCAGUAUUUGUUUGCGGGCAUUAUAUUUAACAUUGGCCCGCCUUACCGCCAGCCAUCCCACCGCAACUACACUUACCUUGCCGUGGUGACUGUGCUUUUGGCGUUUAAUCUCUGGGUGUUACUGGCUCCGGUCAGCGGGUUAUUGUCGCUUUUUGGAAUGGUGCGUCUCAGAGUCAGCUGGCGGUUUGUGAUCCUGGGAAUGGCGGCCGCAAACUUUGUGUUGUGUUAUCUCGGCGAGCGCUGGGUAUUUCCGUGGUUAGCUGUGCCGUUGGCAAAGGUAUUCCGGCUGGUUGGAUAUCCAUUUCGUUCAAAAAACAUGCGCUACAACAAUUUGGCAACAUUGGGGUAUACCAACUCGGAUCCGCAUGACAGUUGCGGCAUUGAGAGUAAGGAUGCCAUUGGGCUUUGGACGCGCCUGGGGCAACGGCCGAACCGCAAGGAGUACAAAGUCCUGUUGCAAAGUAUGCCUGGUGGAUCAUCGUGGCACUAG